UUCCUUUCUCCUCACCUUCUGUACAUUACAACGUCUGUAUGCCAUUAAUGGUGGCUUCGUUCUAAUAUUGCAUACUACAUAGGAAAACAGAGACAAAGGGUUAAAGCUUAAAAUGGCAUUUCACAGAGUAAUGAUUCUGAUAUGGGCUGAUUUGCUGGGGGCAUACGUGAUGUGGAUUAUGCAAAAGUACUUAACAGAUGUUUGGAAACUUGGGUUCACACAUGCUGCUGGAAUCAUGAAUGUGGCUAGUGGCCUCCCUAAAGUACUGCCUUUGCUGUUCUGCUACUUUGUGGAUGCUGGCCUUCCUAAUAAAUGGAUGCUGCUUCUCUCAAGCAUUGUCUAUGUAUUUGGUUCGUUGCUUUUGUUUCUGUCAACUCCACCAAUCCUAGCAAAAGUCACCGGAACCUGUAAAGACUACGAGCCACAGUGCAUCAAUGACACGAAAAAGGCGCUGUUCUACGCGGCUUUGGCAUUGAUUGCAGUUGGAAUUAGUGGUCACAUUGUCUCAUUGGUUGAGGUUUUCAAUGACCAGUUUGAAAAGAAACGUGAAAAUAACAACAAGAGCACAGAUGAACUGCCGCAGAAUCAGAACAACGUUAGUAGUAUAGAUGGUCAAAUCUCAUCUGAUGAUUUAGAAGUUCUGAAGCACAAAAGGCUACAUGAAUAUGCAAAAAAGACUGGACGCACAUAUAAUAGUUUCCGGACAUUAAGACAAUCACUGCCAUUUCAACCUCGAAGGCAGGACAACAAAAGGAAGCAGCCAUCAAAUGAAGAUGGAGCUGCUGAUCGGAGUAAUAGUACUGAUGAAGAUGAUCUGUCCAGGCUUCAAUUUCAGCCGGUGGAAGCAAUGCUGGCUGUCGUAAACAGGCAAUUAGAGAGCAAGUUUGGUGCUUGUGUUUUAGUAUUCGUCCCCGUUGUCAUACUGUUUGCUCUUCCUUACAUAAAACCAUGGACGUAUCGUUUUGGAAUUCCAGCAAUCAUCACUCUUGUCGCAACAAUCGCGUUCCUGACGGGCUUUAACGAGUACAAGGGCCGUGAGGGUGAUGAUCAAUUGAACAAUGGAAGUCCUGUUAGAACUGUGUUGAGAGUCAUUUUGGCUGCUGCUCUUAACAUGUUCAAAAGACGUCCGAGCAUUUCAGAGCUAUAUGGGAAUUCCAAUGCUGACAAUGAUGGUGAGAAGAAACUGAGCCAUACUAAUACUCUCAGGUGUUUGGACAAGGCUGCAAUUGAAGAAGGCCCGAAGAGUCGAAGAUGGUUACUUUGCACAGUUAAUCAGGUGGAAGAAACAAAAAGAGUUUUAAGUAUUUUACCACUUUGGAUUCCCUUAAUCCUUUCCGGGUUGGUGACUUCAAUCGGCAGCACAUACUUUGUAGAGCAAGCAAGCCACAUGAACUACAAGGUCGGGAAACUGAAGUUGCCCGAUUCGCUGCUCCUGCUGUUGUACGAAAUUGGGAAAUCCUUCAGCAAAAGAAUAUAUGGAGCCUGCUUCAAAAGAUCAGGUAAAAAUCAGAAAUAUGCACCCGGAUUUGGCAUGGCCCUGGCUACAAUAUCUGCAACAUUGUGCUGCAUUGUUGCUGCUGCCGUUGAAACUCGAAGGAUUCGUGUGAUCAGGGAUCAUGACUUGGUUGAUAAGCCCGACGAUGAUAUCCCAAUGACUGUGUUUUCUCUACUUCCACAAUACUUUCUUCUUGGUGGACUCGACACGUAUUAUGACAACAGCGUCACCACAUUCUUCAGUUGUCACAGCCCUCCAUCGAUGAAGAAGUUUCUCGUGUUCUUGAGUCCUGGAUUAUCAGGUCUAGGCAUCAUUGGAAGCGUUUUAUCGGUUUAUGUUGUUGGGAGAGUUAGCCAGAGACAUGGGAAGCCAAAUUGGUUUCAAUAUGACUUGAAUGCGAGCCGAUUGGAUCGAUAUUACUGGACACUUGCUGCUCUGAGUGCAGUAAGUUUCAUUUGGUUGGUUAGUUGGGCUGUAUGGUACCCUUAUUGGGAACCACUAUCAGAUGAUGAAGAGACCGAUCAAGAUCAAACAGGUGGUGCUGAUAAUAAUGACGAUGAAGAAGACGGUGGAGUUAUGGAUACCGCGAAGGAUUUCGUUAUGGAUGUUAUUAAGGAAAACAGAAAAGGUUCCGACUAGGAGGUAGGAUGAAUUUUUCGGAUCACUCAUGCAUCAUGAAUCAAGGCAUGAUCCUAUCACCGAUGUUAUAUAGUUUCUGUUAUUUGCACUUGUAUGGAGAUGUUUAUGCAGAAUAUAUAGUACACAUAGUUCAUUAUUACACUUCUUAAGUUGGUUACUGUUAAUGUUUGGUUCUAUCGGCUCUGGA